AUAGAAUGUGAAAAUGGUAUUGUCUAGCGUUUACCGUAGCGUCCACUACGCGUCCUGUUGCAGCUGUGUAUUCUGAUCGACACUUUUCCCGACCUUUAUUCCCUCCAUUCAGGACAAGCAAGAGGUGUCAGACGAUUUGCAGGUCCUUGAGAAGGUGCCUCCAGUCUCUGGUGUAUCCUACAGAUUACCUGGCAAUGGGCCAGGAGAACUCCACUCCCAGCCACCCAGCAGCUCUGGCCAGCUCCUGUACCAGUCCAUCAGUCUUCACAGUCAGGCCCAUCUCUCAGUUUGCGAGGAGGAGAGGUAGCCGCAGGAGAGCCCGCCCUCCGCAAACUGUGCCUGCAGAGGAGUGUGCAAGGCUGGAUCACGAUAUGGACGGAGCGCGGCCGUUUUUCUCCCAAGAAAUUUCAGACACAGAUUUAAAUUCAUCUUUUGAUUCAUGGGAAGCUGGGGGAGGUGCCCUGGAGCCAAAUCCAGGGGCUGACGGGCGGCAAGCUGAACUGGGCCAAGCAGCACAGUGGUGCCGCACCAGCAUGACUGAGAAGGAAGAGUUCAGUUUCGUGACCUGUCGGCUGUGUCAGGGACUCCUGAAUGUACCAAAGCUCCUGAGCUGCUGGCAUCCCUUCUGUCUGCCCUGUCUCACCGACUACAAGAACUCUCAGACUGAGCAGGGGUCCAACGUCAUCGCCUGCCCCAUUUGCCAGGAGACCACCCCGCUUCCCUCCGAUGGCAUUGGGGGUCUGCGACACAAAGCCAACGUGUUCCUGUCGCGUGUAGCGGACCUGAGCUCGUUCAUCGAAACUUACCACAACACUAUCUUCAUGAAGCACUACUGUACCCAACAGGCCAGGUUCACGCCUUCAAACCGGACCUGCAAGCAGUGCAAGGACUUCCUCUGUCAGGAGUGCUCCAUCUAUCACCUUCUACAGCACACUUCAGCGACAAGGACGUGCCGGCGCCACAACCUCCCUACCAACGCCUUCUGCGAGUCCUGCAACAUCGUGGUCUGCAGCAUGUGUGCGCAAGCAGCACACAUCCAGCACGUCACCUCCGAUGUGGACAGGGCCUCCGAGAGCUACCGAGACAUCCUCGGCCAGCUGGUCGAGAAAUGCAAGGAUCUCAAGUGGCCGCUGGAGGAGAGUCUUGAGAAAAACAUCCAAGAAACGAGGUUCCAGAUACAGAACUCGACCGAAGCACUCGUCAGCCACGUGACACAGUUUAUCCGUAAGAAGGAACAAUUCCUCCUCUCACAGCUCGAGCAGUUUUCGACAGAGAUGAAGGAUCGGGUGGAGUUAGAGAAAGAGAAGUACGUGCCACUUGCAGAGCAAUGUAAGCCAAUGUGUGAGCUGGGCGACAGGCUGGUCCGAUUCGGCAGCAAUCACGAGUUACUGUCCGUGCAGCAGGAGAUGACGCGGCGGUUGACAGAAGCGUCAAUCGAGCAAACACCGCAAGACAUCAGCAGCUCCUUACAGGAGAGGAUCAAGUUCAUUCCAAACCAGCUUCCCAACUUGGACAGCCUCCUUCCAUUGAAUGUUAUUGGAACAACAGGAACCUACACUGAGCCAGUGUCUACUGUAGAGGCGGCAUCUACAUCUGCUUGCUUACAGGAGGAAGCGGGUCCAUCGACUGAGCCUGACGGCACUGAAGACAUGUCAGCCGGACAUUUGACAGAACCAGUGGCAGAGAACGUCACUUUUAAAGAGGAAGAGGUCCAGUUUACUAGUACCCCUGAGGAUCUCCCAGAAAGUGGCAAGAGAAAGAGGAAGACAGGAAAUACUGAAGAGACAACCACUGAGGAAGGAGCAGUAGCAAAGAAACCAAAAGUUGUGGAGUCGGGUGAUGACCCACAGGAAGAAAGUGAUGAGGAAGAUGACAACAUUACUCCAGCAGGAUCAACAGAAGGGGUGGUUGAGAAGGAGUGUACAGGAAACCAGGAGGAUGCUCCAAGGAGCCAGGAGGUUGCUGAAAGUGCGGAAGAAGCUUCCCAGACAUCUGAAGAAGCCUUGGAAACGUGGGAGGAUGCUAGUGAAGGCAGUCAGGAGCACGAUCCUGUUCAGGUGAAGGAGGAAGUUGAGGAACACACAGCAGAAGAGGCAGAGAAGGGGGAGGAAGGAGAGGUAGAGAAGGAUGAAGACAACAUAGCCACACGGGUGAGAGGGAGGAAGAAAGGGUGGCUGAAAUGGUGGUGAACUAUACAUGGACAGUAGACAUCAUUGAGAAGUAUCAUGUGAACUAUGGGUCCAACGAUAUGAUAGGGGGUAUAAUUAAAAAAGGAUGGUCGUAGUUUUGACUGUACUUCAAUACCAUUGAGAAUUGGGGAUCAAACUUUAAGGAACCAUGAAUACUAUGUUGAUCCACAUGUAAGAUACGUGUUUAUUGGUAGGCUCAUUUUUUGACAUUUUAAUAGGUCAGAUUUGGGUGUGACACAAUGAAACAAGUUGAGUUUUUAUGCAAGGGUACUGGAUAUUUGUUUUGAAGAUCAUUGACUUGUAAUUCUGUUUUACAAUCUAAACAAAAGAUAUUGUGUAGUACUUUCUUUUUAUAAUCCUUGUGAAUAAGCCGAAGGUUGUUUUUCAUCCUUUAAAAUGUUAAGACAAAAUGCCUUGUACUUAAGGUCUUUCCAGUCAUUCCAUACAUUAAAAGUUUGAUGUUCAUUGUUUACCUGCA